UCGACCAUGGAAACCCAUUCCAUGAAGCUCUCUAUGCACUGUUGUUGUGCUAAUCUGAAGGCCACAUGAAGUUUGAAGGUCUUUAGCUAUUGACUCUGCAGACAGUUGGUGACUUCUGCACACGGUGUUCUUCAGCUCUGCUUUUGGUGUUUGCCUUUCAUGCAUGUCGCUUUCUGUAUUUUGUCCAGCGCUCGUUUCAUUUCUGUCUCCAUAAUACCACUAACAGUUGACCGUGGAAUAUUUAGUAGCAAGGAAAUUUCACAGAUGGACUUAUUGCACAGGUGGAAACCUAUCACGGUACCACGCUUGAAUUCACUGAGCUCCUGAGAGUGACCCAUUCUUUUACAAAUGUUUGUAGAAGCAGUCUGCAUGCCUAGGUGCUU